UACUCACCGGCUCCGUCGCUGUUUGCUCUGUGCUUCUGGCGAGCUAGUGCAUUUGCUCAACAUCUGCGCAAAGCUAUCGCGACCUGUUUUCUCCCGCAACCACACCCGAGGAUCCAGCGGCCAAACCCAUCACCUGUCGCAGUGCUAUAAGAUGGUUCAAUUUCUAUCGCUGAGCCUACUGGCUGGCUUGAGUUCUGUCGCGUCGGCUAUUCCUACCAUUGAGGUCAAGGGCUCCAAGUUCUUCACCAGCGAGGGCAAUCAAUUCUUCGUCAAGGGUAUCGCCUACCAACUGGUACCCGACGAUCCCCUCAUCGACGCGACACAAUGUGGUCUCGACUCUGCCCUCAUGAAGACCAUCGGCGCCAACUCGAUCCGUGUUUACCAUGUGGAUCCUGAUGCGGAUCACACCGAUUGCAUGAAGACAUUCGCUGACGCUGGAAUCUACAUCUGGGUCGACCUCGACACGUUCGAUACCCAAGUCGAGCAGAACACUCCUCGCUGGGAGACCGAUCAACGCGACGCCUUUGCCAAGGUCAUGGAUGAGUUCCAUCAAUACGACAACGUGGCUGGCUUUUUCAUCGGUAACGAGGCUAUUACCACUGCCAAUGGCUCUGUUACCGCCCCUUACAUCAAGGCCGCUGCCCGAGACAUGAAGGCUUAUCGCGAUGAGAAGGGCUACCGCAGUAUCCCUAUUGGGUACUCAGCUGCCGACAUCGCAUCUCUCCGACCUAUGCUUCAGAACUAUCUGGCCUGUGGUAGCAAUGCGUCUGAGCGCCUAGACUUUUUCAGCCUGAAUGCUUACUCUUGGUGUGGACAGAGUACGUACCAACAAUCGGGUUACGACCAGCUGGAGAAGAACUCCGAGGAUUUGCACAUCCCAAUCUUCAUGUCGGAGACGGGUUGCAACACCGUGAAGCCCCGCGAUUUCAAGGAUCAGGAGGCGUUAUUUGGAGAAAUGUCCGAUGUCUGGUCUGGAAGCAUCAUCUACGAAUGGAUCGAGGAGCAAAACGACUAUGGACUCAUCAGCUAUGGCCCUCACGUCGACCCAGCCAGCCCUUCUGCACCGCCGGAUGGCUUCCCUCGCUCAGGAAAGCCUACUCCAGUUGAACCUGACUUCCCCAACCUCUCUGCUGUGUGGGCAACACUCAACCCAACCGGCGUGAAGGCAUCGGAAUACAACCCAACAAACUCGCCUGUCGCAUGCCCAGACUACACUGCAUCGGUCUGGGAGGUUGUUCCUACAUCGCCACUUCCUACGCUGGGUCAAAAGCAUGACUUCAACGGAACCCCUACAUCUGCGGGCUCCAGCGCGACAGCGACUGGAGGUUCCGGUGCGCAAGAGUCUGGCUCAUCUGGAUCUGGUGGAGCAGAAACCUCUGGACCUGCCUCCACUGGUGCUGCUGCGGACAGCUUAGCCAAGGAGCUCAAGGGCAUGGGUGCUCUGUUCGCGGGUGUAGUUGCCAUCUUCGCCUUGCUUUGAGUGCGUCAC